UUUAGUCUGUAAUCGCGGCCUCAGUGAACCGGUCGCGGAUUGACCUCACGCGGUAAACCCCAUUAUUCACGCUCAAAAUGAGGGCAAUUAGUUUAAUUGUUGCACUUACUGCGGUAAUAAGUUGUAAGGCAGUUCAACCCGAUCUUCGCUUUGCCUGGAAAUUAGUAGACUAUGUUUGGGACUCAUCUGCUCAACGUGAAACAGCAAUUCAGAAAGGACUUUUUGUUCAAGCCAACAAUCUUCCUUUGGGUUUAGCUAGAUGGAAAAACAAAGUAUUUGUAACAGUACCAAGAUGGAAAAAUGGUGUCGUUUCUUCGUUAAAUUAUGUUGAUAUAGACGGAGCUAAAGAUCAACCUCUAAAGGCCUAUCCAUCUUUAAAAGACAACCUCGUCGCUGAUACCGAUGAAAGUUUACCAUCAAACAGUUCCAUUGUAUCUGUUUUUAGAGUGUACGUUGAUCCUUGUGACCGGCUUUGGGUGAUGGAUUCCGGGUUGGCAGAUAUUGUAGGAUCACCAAACCAAAUUGUCGGACCGUCUGUGGUUAUUUUCGACUUAAAUACAGAUGAGCUCCUUCAUCGUUACUACUUCAAAGUUUCCGAUAUGAAAGAAGAUUCAUUCUUCGCUAACAUUGUGGUUGACGUAGAUAAAAAUACGUGCGAGAACGCUUUCGCCUACAUACCAGACUUAGGAGCAUAUGGCGUCGUCGUAUACAGUUUGAAACAAGAUGACUCUUGGCGUAUCUCCCACCAUUACUUCCAUUUCGAACCUCUGGCUGGAUCUUACAAAGUCGGUGGCAUCGAGUUUCAUUGGACCGAUGGAGUGUUUGCUUUAGCGCUUUCCGAGCCCAGAGAGAAUGGGUAUCGUACAAUGUUUUUCCACGCAUUCUCAAGUACUAAGGAGUUCUGCGUAUCAACGGAGCUCCUCAGAAACUACACACACAUCGACAAGAACGAGGCAUUCCACGACUUCAAGCUAUUAGGCGACAGAGGUGAACGUACCCAAUCUUCUGCCAGCUACUAUGACCCGAAAACGAGCGUGCUAUUCUACACGCAGAUUAAUCGCGACGGCGUCGGCUGCUGGAAUUCGAACAAACCAUACACGCCCGAAAACAAUCCUCUACUAUUUAGUAACUCAACACUUUUCGAGUUUCUCAACGACUUAAAGGUGGACGAUGAAGGCACCCUAUGGUUUUUAAGUGACAAACUACCUCGCUUCCUUUACAAGUCCUUAGAUCCAAAUGACAUCAACUUUAGAAUAUUUAGCAUUAAGACUACCGAUGCGAUCGCGGGAAGCGCUUGUGCAUAAACAAAUUAAUUUUUAAUAAAUCUAUAUGUACAAAACUACAAAUAUAUAUAGGUAUAAGUACCUCUUGUUGUGCUCUCUAGAGUAAUGUAUUGAAGUGUAUUUUAUCAUUUAGUAUUAUCUAAAUUGUUUUCACUGUCUACUUUAAGUAAACUAUUACAAUCGUAAUAAAUUAUUUUUAGACUGUA